GUACCAUGUAACCUCUCCUCUCUCUGUUGCACAGCCGCUGUUCCCAUUUUGGGUCCCUUGUUCUUUCAAAUGGGUUUUGGGUUUCAUGGAGCUUAGAUUAGAGGUGAAGAGAGAAAAAUGAGGGGUGCCGAGGGAAGAAGGCUGUGUGAGGAGUUCUCGCCUGCGUAUUAUGGGCUGUGCACUGCGGGUGGAAUGCUCAGUGCUGGCGCUACCCAUCUUGCAAUCACGCCUCUCGAUGUUUUGAAAGUUAAUAUGCAGGUCAAUCCAGUUAAAUAUAACAGGAUGGCUUCAGGGUUUUCUAUUCUCUGGAGAGAACAAGGCCCUUCUUCCCUUUGGAGAGGUUGGUCUGGAAAAUUGUUUGGAUAUGGUGUUCAGGGUGGCUGCAGAUUUGGUCUAUACGAAUACUUUAAGAAGCUUUACUCCGAUGUAUUGAUAAAUCAGAACAGGAGUACCAUAUUCUUUCUCGGCAGUGCCUCUGCUCAAGUAUUUGCUGAUAUUGCUCUCUGUCCAUUUGAAGCCGUCAAAGUUCGCGUUCAAACACAGCCCAGAUUUGCAAAGGGCUUGGUUGAUGGGUUUCCAAAACUAUAUUCAACUGAAGGGCUAGCUGGCUUUUACAAAGGACUUUUACCACUUUGGGGUCGAAAUCUGCCAUUCUCAAUGAUAAUGUUCACGACAUUUGAGCAUUCGGUGGAUCUGAUUUAUCACAACUUUAUUCAAAAAAGAAAAGAAGAUUGCUCAAUUGCCCAACAGCUUGGUGUGACAUGUUUAGCGGGCUAUGCAGCAGGAGCUGUUGGUACCGUUGUCUCUAACCCUGCAGACAAUAUCGUCUCCGCUUUGUACAAUAAAAAGGCCGACAGUGUGAUGCAGGCUGUGAGGAACAUUGGCUUUGCUAACCUAUUUACUAGAAGCCUUCCUGUUCGAAUUACACUUGUUGGCCCUGUUGUUACUUUGCAGUGGUUUUUCUAUGACACCAUUAAAGUGCUAAGUGGAUUGCCACCCAGUGGAGGGCUCAGCAGACGUCUCGAAGAAGCUAACCUAUCGGCUUAAGAUUAUGGUAAAAAUAAAGAGCAGUUCAAUCGGAUCAAUCGCUUUGAGAGGCACAUCUUUCAUCAAUCUCUAUAGUUUCACUGGAAUAUGAUACUACUCAUUCCUCAGACGGCUAACACUAUCAGAACUUUUCAACUCUGAUUGUUCUUUGCACUAUAGUAGCCCUAUAGGUGUAUUAGAACGAAUUGUUUUAUUUUUUUCCCAGGGGUUUUAUCUGUAUAUUUCACAGAUAUACAGUCUAGUUUCAAGAGAAUAUGAUUUUGGGUACGUAAGACUUCCAUGCUCAUGUUCAAGUGCAGCAGCAAUUACAAAAUGUUAGCUUCUAAGAUAUUCUGUAUUCGUUGAAACUUUUUGGUUUCAUAAUACAUAGACAGAGGCAUACAUAGUGGCAUGAAAGGAAAGGGCUCAUGGGUGUAAGUAACUGUUGAACCUCAUUUAUUAGCUAA